GGCAGGAUCACUCCUGUCUAUGUAUUGACAUUAUCAAGCUAGGUUUAAAAGAAGCUUGACGGUUCUGUUUAGCAACACCUAACUGAUGAAAUUUUAUCUUUCAGGUGGAAAUAAGGAUAAUAUCAGAGCUGGAUGCAAGAAGUGUGGCUACCCUGGUCAUCUGACAUUUGAAUGUCGAAACUUCCUCCGGGUAGAUCCGCAAAGAGAUAUUGUUUUAGAUGUCAGCAGCACUAGCAGUGAAGACAGUGAGGAAGAAGAACUACAGAGAUUGCAAGCUAUGCGUGAAAAAAAGAAUUUAAAUGAGGAGGAAGAAAAAAAGAAACAAAAACGAAAAAGCAAAGAAAAAACAAAAUUAAAAAGACCAAGGAAAAGAUCUUCCUCAUCAAGUGCAGCUGAAGAGGAUGGGCCAAAGUCAAAAAGACAAAAAACACACAAAAAAGAAAGGGAAAAGGAAAAAAAGAAUAAAUCUAAGAAAGGAAAACAUCAUAAAAAGGAAAAAAAGAAGAGGCGAAAGGAAAAAAGUUCACCUUCUGAUAGUUCGGACAGUUCUAGUAGUGACUGAGGUGCUGGCCUAUUUUUGUGUUCACUUCUAUAGAGAUGAUUUUCAUUUCAAAUCAAAAUUAUUAUGCUUUGCAAUCCUGUUGUUUUAAAAUGAUAUAUAUAUAUUUUUAAGAAAUCUGUUUGCAAAUAUUAGUGCUUCAAACUAUUAAUAGACUUUAGGGAAAAAGCCUGUUCUUGUGUUUAAAGACAUGCAAGUCUGUUUAGUUCUCCACUCCUAAGUUCAGUUGUGAGUACUUGCGUUUGGAAUCCUUUACUGUAGGAUAUGAUAAACUUCAGUUUGCAAGUCUUUGUGUAGAAAGAUGUGGAUUUAAAUAUGUGUACUAACAGAAUGGGUAAAUCAAACCUGGAAAUUCAAACGAGGUUUUCUAUUGUUAUCAUUUAAAUAAAGGUAUGUUUUUUAGAACA